GCCAUCUCAACAGAGCCAGGCGUCUAUCAACAGGCAACAGCAGCCCUCGCGUCAAGUGCAUCACCCUGUCUACAUACCCAUUGAAACCAUUUGACAUGCCGCACUGAGGUCGCAGGCUGCUUCCAAGAUGGGUGAACCUGUACAGCUGCCUACUGAAAUAUGGCAAAUGAUUCUCGAAAGCCUGACUCUGCAGCCCCAUCUAGACAGCACUCGCAAUGCUCUACUGCAGCUGAGCCUUACGUGCAGGACCAUCCGGCCAAUAGCUCAGACUUUUCUCUGCCGAGAUCUCUUUUGCAAGCAGCCCACAGUGGAGUCGCUCAAGACAGCCCUCAAGCUUGCUGCCUUACAUGACUUGCUACCGCAACAAAUACACUUUGGGAGGUAUCCUCUCCGUUCUCAUGCCAAGGAGAUUGGCUCAGACAUCAACACGAAGGAUGUUCAAAGUCAGAACACGGGCUUAAAGGUAUUGAGUGAGCUCAUGUGUCUUUGUAAGCCAUCGAAAGAUACUUGUGUGAGCAAGUUGAGCGUCCUCACCUGUAACAAUGACAAUUUCGAUGUUGAUGGCUGCCUUGACAGUGGUCGCCGAGAGAGAUCUAUCACGGAUCGGGACGUUACGGUCAUGUAUGUCAACCAGACUGGACAUAGGCCCACAGCCAGCCAGAGGAACUCCACGCACAUUAACGAUUCGUUGUUCUCUGCUCUGACACAUUUGUCGCUGCAAGGCAGAUUCAUUAGCCUGUCGCUCAGCUACUUUGAUGAGCUUCGAUUCAUCUGUCUCAAUUCGACGAUAGUCCACACUGACCUUUUACAGCACUUGGACACAUGUUGUCCGAUGCUUGAACACCUCGUCCUGGUCGCUCCUAGUUUUAGUGAGUACCCCUACAGCAAUUUCUUGCUAAUGGUGCCCACUUUCCGGCCACGUCUGACUGUCAUCAAUCCCAGGGCAAAAACUAUCAACGACCCGUACUUUAAGCGCAUCCAUCGCGACAAUACCUAUCUCGAGGACUGCGCUCGGGACAGGCGCGUAUACGACCUGCAAAUAUAUCGUGUCUCUUUGGAGCAUCUCGGGGGCAGUCAAGCGUGGUCCGAUGCAAUUACGAAAGCAAUCCAAUCUAGUUCUAUCUGGGAUAUGGCACUCUCAUUAGGACAGCGUUGUGGGAGAAGCACGGGUCUCUCGGUUCCAUACUGAUCUACCAGUUACAAGAUUUCGCCAGCAAAGCAGCGUACUGCUCCAGGUACUUUCGAUCUUCUUCGUCAAACCCUUCUAGCUCCUCGCAAUCAAUGUCAAUCACCCCGACGACCUUGCCAUCAGCAAUGAUAGGUACCACAAUCUCAGACUUUGUUUGGGAAUCGCAGGCAAUGUGGUCAGGGUGCGUGUGGACAUCCUUCACAAGACCAGUUUCUGCUUGUAGGGCAGUUUGACCGCAAACACCUUUGCCAAAUCGAAUCGUCUGACAAGCAACUUUGCCUUGGAAG